AAGCGAGGCGAGCUGGUUUCCCCCUGCGGAGGCCGGCCGCGUCCCCGGGCUCUCCGGCCCCGCUGAGCCCCCGCUUGAGGGCGUGUCCUCCCGGCGCCCCCCAACCUUUCGCUGCUGGCCGGGGGCGGCGAGAGGAGGAGACCGGCGUCGCGGGAGGAAGUGGAAGCGGCGGCGGCGAAUAGCGGGCAGGCGGAGAAGGCUUUGCAAGCAGCCGCGCACCAAGGACGCUCCGGAGACUCGCCCGCUUCGCCCGGUCUUUCCCGUCCAGGCUCCGGGUUCCCGCCGCCUCGGGCCAUCGCGGCUCCUGGGAGGCGGGAGGCGGCGGCAAGCAAGCAAGCAGCAGCUAGCCUCCGCCUCCGCCUCGGCGCCUGCUCCAUUAUAAAACGGGCAGGGGAGGAAGGAGAAGCCGGAGAGGCUCUUCCCGUCGCCUCGGAGCCUUCCGGGAUUCGCCUCGCCGCCGAGGGGCCUGCAGAAAAGGGUUGCAACCAACUUGCUGCUUGCUGCUGCUGCUGCUGGAGGAUCUGAGCCCUUCAAGAAGCCCUUUGGCGGGGCGAAGUUUCCGGAUGGCUGCUGAGAGAUUUCCCUCCCUGGCCAUCCCCGCCUCCCUCUCCAGGGGUCCUGCUGCUUAAAAGGAGCGAAAUCCCAAAUAGAUGUGAAGCAGGAAGCUUAGAGACCUGCCCUCCCCCUCCCCCUCCAGAGUGCCCAGGCACCCGAGAAAGACUGAAUGGGUGUCCUGUAGAGACAGACACGCGCGUGCAUAUAGAGAGAUAUAUGCAGAUUUCCAAGUGAGUGCCUGCAUCUUUUUUCUUUUUGCAUACGGGGUGCCUUUCCUGACGCGCACGCACCCUCCUGCUCCUCCUCUUCUUUUUUUCAAAAGAAUAACUUGCUCCGGGGUGCAAGUGGAAGGGAAGAUGCAGACGUUUCUGAAAGGGAAAAGGGUUGGCUAUUGGCUGAGCGAGAAGAAAAUCAAGAAGCUGAAUUUCCAGGCGUUCGCAGAGCUUUGCAGGAAAAGAGGGAUAGAAGUUAUACAGCUUGACCUUACCAAACCGAUAGAAGAUCAGGGUCCAUUAGAUGUGAUCAUACACAAACUGACGGACGUCAUCAUUGAAGCUGACCAAAAUGACAGCCAGUCGCUGGAGCUGGUUCACAGGUUUCAGGAGUAUAUUGAUGCUCACCCUGAAACCAUAAUUUUGGACCCCCUUCCUGCUAUCAGGACCCUGCUGGACAGAUCGAAGUCUUAUGAGCUUAUUAGGCAAAUAGAGACCUACAUGCAAGAUGAAAGGAUCUGUUCUCCACCAUUUAUGGAGUUGACAAGUGCUUGUGGAGGUGACACGUUGCAGCAAAUAGAGAAGAAUGGAAUUGCAUUCCCAUUCAUCUGUAAGACAAGAGUGGCCCAUGGAACCAACUCGCAUGAGAUGGCCAUCAUAUUCAACCAGGAAGGCCUGAAAGCUAUCCAGCCUCCGUGUGUGAUCCAAAGCUUCAUCAACCACAACGCCGUCCUAUACAAAGUCUUUGUGGUUGGAGAGUCAUACACUGUGGUGAAGAGACCGUCUGUGAAGAACUUCUCAGCAGGCAUUUCAGAUAGAGAAUCGAUAUUUUUCAACAGCCACAACGUAUCAAAGCCAGAAUCCUCUUCAGUCCUAACAGCACUAGAUAAAAUAGAAGGUGUGUUUGAGAGGCCAAAUGAUGACGUCAUUCGGGCAAUCUCGAAGACACUGAGGCAAGCCCUGGGUGUUUCUCUCUUUGGGAUUGACAUCAUCAUUAACAACCAGACUGGUCAGCAUGCUGUCAUCGAUAUAAAUGCAUUCCCAGGUUAUGAGGGUGUCUCGGAGUUCUUCACAGACCUCCUGAAUCACAUAGCUACCGUCCUGCAGGGGCAAUCACCGGAGGUGUCGCAGCUAAGUCGCAGCAAGCACCUGACAGAGCAGAGCAACAGCCUAGCGGGAGAGCGGACAUGCUGUGCUAGCAUGGGCUGCCGGAGCCUGGCGGGCAAAGACUCCUGGAUUGUGGAGAACGAGACCAACAGCUCCGUGAAGCUUCAGCACCAGAGACUAGGCUGCAACUCCGCAGUGUCUCCUAGCUUCCAACAACACUGCGUUGCUACGUUGGCAACAAAAGCUUCCUCUCAAUAACCCAAUCAGUGCCAUGGACUAAGAAAAAACUCUGUAGGCCCCAGGAUCAGAACAGGAUGGUUGGUAAUGCAACUACGAAACAAAUCUCUCUCGGUUCAGCGUGAUUUUGGGAAUGAAAAACAAAAUUAGUGAUCUGGGUCCACUUCAUCAGAUUCCUAUUGUAGAUUUGUAGUGAGUUUACACAUACGUACUUGUGUGUGUGUGUAUGUGUGUGUGUGUGUCUUAAACACUAGAUCUUAAUGUUGGAGGGUGGGGUCUCUGUCCCCCCACUCCUUUCCUCUUUGUGAUUAUUAAUGACCAGAAUUUCAAGGAUGAACUUCACAGAAUCGAUAAGGAUUGUAUUUGAAAAUUUGCACAUGCCAGUUCUUCUUCGUGACUCCUUCCCAGACCAGUCCAAAGAGUUAAGCACGAAUGUCCAUGGGUGCUUUUAAAGGAUUCGGGACUAGGGCACAACCUACAUGCCCAGAAUUAGUUUUGGUUUGGUGGACGCUAAUGUUAGGGCCAGUUGCAAAAUGUUCCCCCUUCUCUCAUAAGAAAAUUAUGUACUUGGCAAGUGUGAACAGUCUGUUUUCCCAGUACAUUUCUUAUUGGCGUAGGUCGACGCAACACUGCCAUUUGUUCCUUUGGCGUAUAUGAACGUUGCUGUAUUUGGCACAGGAGUAAUCCGGGACAAUCCUUUUCAACCAGGCCUUUUUAAAUUUUCUUGCUGCUUUGCUGAUCCUGAGACUGCAAAGGGUCAACUAGUUUUGUGACCACUACUCCCCAUUAUUCGGUUUACUCAACAGGCAGAACUUGUACAAAAAACAACAACGGGUGGCAACUUUCAUUACACUACCCACCCAAUCACGCUUUGUGUUUGGUUGUCUCUCUUUCUCUCCUCAGCUCCUCUCGUUGUCACCGGAAUAGCGUCAUUAGGGCAAUGUUAUAGAAUCUAUAACUUAUUUCACAGCCUGCUUAUACCUUAGGACCUGGUUGCAAAGCAAAAGUGCACCUUAAACUCUUUCAGCACACAGUUCCUUUCAACGCACCAUCUCCUGCCAGAAAUUUUGUCCGCCUUUGUCCAGUUCCGAAUCUUAAACCAAAAUUAAUGGAGCUGGCCAGGAUGUUGAGAUGGCAUUGUUGGUGAGAUUGCGGGCUUCUUCCUUUUUGAAACAACCACUAAGUCGUUUAAUUAAGGAAACACUAGUAAGGUCUUAUAUCGGGCUUAGAUACCAGUGGAGCGAGUGAACAUUUACAUGGAUUGUAGCUCCGUAGGCCAGUUCACACAUGGUGAGUGCAUGGUAAGGGGAUAUGUGUGCAUGCAAGCCAGCCUGUGGCCCAGGCUGUACAUGUCUUUUCUCUCCCAGCACACAUGGUUUUCAGGGGAACGGAGCAUGUCCAUCAUUCAUGUCUGCCAGCCACUUCACAUGUCACACGUUGCUUUGAUGUACUGUUAACGCUAAAAGAAUAUGAACUGUCCUUAAGGACCCCCCCCAUUGGUCCCAAGAAUGUUUGGAUAUGCAAUAAAGAAAGAGUAACAGGGAGCAAUUGAUGAAUUUUGGGGCAUGGGAAGAGCCAGAGUGGGAGAAUGACCACACACAUUUUGGAGACUUGACAAGUGUUUACCCUGCCCAACCUUAGGGGUGUGUUUUUUGGAGAAAGGUUUGUAAGUGUUGGUAUUAGAGGGCAGCAGGGGGUGGGUUGGGGAGAGAGUGCUAACUUUACUUAUAUGUUUGCGUUUCAUUUAUAAACUCCGUUAUAGAACGCCACAAGAAAGUAAUUAACUUAAUUAGCCACCCCACACCCUCUGAAAGAGGCUAACCUUUGUAAACUAUUUUCCACAAGAGACUGCUAGCGCUUUCCGUACGAAAUUUAGGCCACAGCAAUCCUAAAUAACUAUCUUCCUCCCAUGUCGGCCGUUGUGGAGGCAUCAAAACAAAUUGUACGGAUUUGCCUGUGCAUUUUUUAAAAACAUGCAUUUGGGGCGGGAGUGAAAAGUAGGUCAAACGUAGAUUUUCUUCCUGUUGCAGGAAGCCUUUUCAAAGUUUGUGAUGUAAAAAAAAUAAAUGAAUGCAAACAGAACGUAUUUCUCCAAAACCCCUUUAAUCUUGGUGAGAAGCAUCACUGAAAGCAACUGAUUGUCCCCUCCUUCUCUGCCUGUAAUGUUCAGUAAUACGAGGUUUGUGAUGUUAUCAUGUUGAGUGUUGCAAACCCUGUGCCACCUCAUUUGCUGCUGUUGACAUGAGUCGGGAAACCAGCAAUGUGAUGUACUGUCACAAAUUUUGCUUUACUUACCAUUAUGGGCUGUGAGCAGCAGGAAGAGUCAUGGGUUCUUGCCACAGAGGUCCUCAGGGAGCAAGCAGUCUACCAUGAUAUAUAUCAUGGUACUGUGGCAUCACUGGCUUACAGAGCAUUUUUAAUUAUUACUUGCCCCCACCUUUAAAAAAAAAAUGAAGUGGCAAUAUUAAAUUUAAGUUAAGGGGUGAGCAAGCUGGAAGAAGAGUCUAUUUGGUCUGGUUUAGUAAUGGGGAAACAUUUCAAAACUAACAAUGUUUACAUGAAUCUGAGUAUUGGAUCCAAUUACAGUGUAUUUAUGCUGUUUGCUAGAUUUAAUAAUAAGCAAGGAAUUAUUUUCGCGGCUGCCUUCUAAAUUGUGGUUGGCCUAUUUUGCACUGCUUCAUUUCUCCAAAAUAAACUACUGAAAUAUAAUUGUGCAUUUUAAUAUUUGUUUUAAAAUGAUUAUUUAAUACAUUUUGUAAUUUCUUUGAAGUUUUAACACAAAAAUACAGUCCAAAUCUUGAAUACCAAUAGAACCUAACUUAAGUUUCAUAGCCAAAUAGGUUACCAGCCUCUUUCCUCCCAUGGCUAUAACUGAAGUUUAUUGAAGUUUCAUAUCCUACAAAUAUUCUGUAACAAGAUGGUAUUAACAACUGGCUUGAUCAGCAAGUAAGUUGUAGUUCUGUUAGUAUGACAUUUGCCUGUCAGUAUCUUGGGUCAAACUAAGGAUGGUGGAUCAGUCCAACUCUGGUCUGUGUCAAUUUCACACAUGUUCAUUCAUAAGCCUGUUCCCAUGUCCGCAUGAAUCAAUGAUUUUUGUUUUAAACCACACAAGAAUUAUUUUUAAAUAUGUAUUUUAUCACAAAAUACAUAUUUGAACAUGUCUUUUACAUCAGUGUGUGUGUGCAUUUCUAAACUUACAUAAUACUAAAAUACACUUAAAAAAAAAGCAUUUUCAUAUAUUUUUUGAGCUGAGAUCUCUUAUCUCAAAAUCUGGAGAAAUGCAAACUCCAAAGGAUAACCAGUUUGCAGUGGAUUCCGCAGAAGAAAAUGAAUUCUUCAGGCUUCUCUGCAUCAGUCUUUCCAUAUGGCAUGAGUAAGGAAUGCAACUAAUUCACACAAGUGCUGGGGAAGUAAGGGUGUGCUGUUGCAAAUUGCAGAGCAAUGAGCAAAUGUUAUUAAAAAAUAAAGCUACAUCAGUAUAAAAUGAACUUUUCAUCUAUGGGCCAAAGGAGCAUCAAAACUCUUGAACCCAUAUUUGAGGUGCUUCCAGAUUUUAGUUUCCAGUGCCACUUUUGGGUGUGUGCUGAACAGUCUGAAAGUAUGCGUGAUAUUCCUUGUCAUACAUAGGGUGAAAACAGCUGUACAUUUUUCUGUCUUAUGGAAAACACACACACCUUAUUGGGGCACCGUUUUUACUGAAUGCAUAAGCAAAUGUGAGUGGGAGCUUGCUGUCCCACUCCAGCAUAUAACCAGGGAUCUAAAUGCUGAAAAUGAUUGGUAGAGGAGGCUCCCCGCUGCAGAUUUUGCUUGUGGAGUGCUCUAAACACUGUAAUUGUGAUGCUUUGGAAGGGGUACAGUUUGGCAGCAUGCACUGAGUCACUUGUUUCUUUAUUCUUUAUGCACAGAGAGAACUAAUGCCUGAAUAGGGCUAUCGUCCUGCAGGUUUUCCUUGUUCAGUUGGAACAAGGAAAGGCCAGUGUUGGUUACCUAUUGGCUAGCACCAGAGCUGUCAUGGAUACACCCAAGCCCUGGAACAGUCUUGUUACUGAGUAAGGGGGGAACUGUUUUUGUUUUGCUACUGUUCUUCAAACAUUUGUAAAUUUGGGGAGGGGGGAACUUACGCAUUUAUGCAUAAAUGUUGCUUUAAUUUAAAAUGAAAGGCAAUCACAGCCACCAUUGGGACAGGACCAAGGGUUAACACAUAUACCUUUGGCAAGGAGAACAGCUAACUGAACGGCUGCUGCUGCUGUUCAGUAGAUACAUCUUUAACAGAAGUUGCAAAGAAUUCUCGGACUGUCUGAGAAUGUUAAUGUUUGUGUGCACUUAGCAAUGUCACGCUUAAAAUAAGGCCCUGUCAGAAGGCAGCCACUGGGCUUUUUUUGUAUUACAGAAACAGGUGCUUUGCCCAUCCUUGUAUGAACAGAAAGAAGACAUUCACGCUAGUGUUUUGUGUACAUAUGGAUUGACAGAUUUCAGAGUGCACUUGGGCAUAAAUCCACAGCCCAUUCAGCUUCGCCCCCCCAGUUCUGAAAAGCCCUUCCUUCUAGAAAUAAACGUAUAUAAAACCUAGCUCUUUCAGUGUGAAUGUAAUGCCAUUGCCAUGAGCGCUGCCAUGCUCUCCCAGUAGUGUGCAAAAUAAGUCAAGAGUAAAGAAUUUCUCAGAAUCUGCUGUAAUGUUAUAGCCUAAUUUAUGUAAAUUAUUCAUGGCACUGAACUGUACUUUAAAGAAAUCAGCCAUUGGAGUUACAUGGGGCUACGUUAUCCAUAUACCUGAUUUAUUAUUAUUGUCGUGGCUGACUUAAAACUACAAGAGUUUACCCCUCUGUUAUCCCCCAUGCACCCAUCACACCCUGGUUGACACUUGAUUUCAAAAGCAUUCUUGUGUGAUUGGAAAAUGUUGUCAAAUGGUGGUGGAUGCUGGCCAUUUAAUCAAUAAAAACUACGUCUGUCA